AUGGGUCUCAAGUUUAGACAUGGAGUGAUGAUCAUAGUUAUUAUAAGUGCUUCAAUGUUUUCAGUGAGCAUGGCCAACAAGGAUUGGUUCCCUGCUUUCAACUACACCGAUUGGUGGUCCAGAUUUGGGAAUCACCCUCACAACAAAACACAGCAAGAGCCCAGAGAGAUUGUCGUGGGUGGUUCUGAUCAUUGGCACUUUGGCUACAACUACUCCGAUUGGGCCUUCAAGAAUGCCCCAUUUUACAUCAAUGAUACUCUAGUUUUCAAAUAUGAUGCUCCCAGCGCCACCAGUUUCCCACACAGUGUGUACAUGUUCAAAAGCUAUGAGAGCUUCUUCAAGUGUGACGUGAAAAAGGCAAAGGUGGUGGCAAGUCCCGUGCAAGGUGGAGGAGAGGGGUUCAAGUUUGUGUUGAAGAAGUGGGAGCCUCACUUCUUUGGGUGUGGUGAGAGAAAUGGGUUCCAUUGCAACAAUGGCACCAUGAAGUUUGCUGUCUUCCCCAUGCUUCGUCCCUUCUGGCAGUGGCCAUGA